GGCAGCUCUAGUGAAAUGAGUAAUGAUACUGAGUUAUUGGUUGCUGCUUUGCAAAGCACUGUUCAAAUACUCACUAAAUACAUCUCUGCUGUCAUAAACAGACCCAGUUUGUGCAGUACACGCUGCAGGUGUUAGCUAGGCUGCCCCAGUGCAAACCGUGAGCAGGGCCUCUUGCUAGAUCCUGGCCAAAGUUUACCCCCCGUCCUCCAGUGACACACCCUACCACGCUGGGCACAGCUUCUUACCUCAUAACCGUGCACCAUGUGGGGACAAGUGUCUGCCCAUGUUCAAUGCAGAUACAUGCAAAGUAAUGCACAUUGGAGGGGAACAUCAGAACUACUCAUACACUGUACAGGGUUCUACCAGCUCAGAAAGGGACCUGGGUUCUAGUGCAGCAGCUCAAUGUGCAGCUGCAGUCAAAACAGCAAACAAGGUGCUGGGACGCACAAGGCAUGGACUGGAAUUUAAUGCCUUUAUAUAUUCCAGGAUGCAGCCUCACCUGGAUAUGGCAGAAUUUGAAGGAGUGCAGAGAAAGGCAUUGGGAAUACUCAGAGGCCUGGGGAAACUAUCAUAUGAAGAGAGAUUGAAAAGAUUGGGAUUAUUACUUUAGAGAAGAGAUGAAUAAAAGGGGACAUAAUACAAACCGAUAAAGUAAUAAAUGAUCUAGUGAAGUUAGAUCAGGAGCUUCUGUUCUCCCUUUCUCACAGCACAAGGACAAAGGGUCAUUUGAGUAAAUCAAAAGGUGGCAAAUUCAAAAACCAGUAAAAGAAAAUACUGUCCAUCAAAAUACAUAGUUUGUGGAACUCAUUGCUGCUGGAAGUCAUUAAGGACAAAAAUUUAGCAAAAAUCCAAAAAGGACUGGACAUUUAGAUGGAUAAUGAGGCUAUCCAGAUUAUAAGAGUUAAUGCAAAAAGAGAUAUUGGCAGGAAUAUAAAACAUUGGAUUAAAUCCUGAAGCACAAUCUCUAACAAUUAAAGGUUAGAAUCUGACCUUUGGGGGGAGGGAGAGGAGCAGAUUACCCUUCAUCUACUGCUUUGGGGUUCUUACACUUUCCUCUGGAGCACCUGGUUUUGGACAGUUGGGCACAGGACACUGGACUAGCAGGAUCUUGGAGCUUGCCAAGCCUGACCAGUCCUAUGUUUCUUGUUCUAGUGUAUGUAUCAGUGUACUCUGGGAGAAUGUAGGCAGCUACUCCAUGAUGCCUCAGCAGGGCACAGAGUGCCUGGAGAACAGGCUCACACAACCUACCCUGUGUGGGGUAAUGCACCCAGAGUGCCCUAUUAUAGAGAGAGCAGGGUGGGAGGAGAGCUGGCCAAGCCGGAUACACUGUUCAGGGAGAUUUCCCUCUGUGCUGUAAGCAGAAGCCAGUAACCUACCUGUUUCUACCUGCCCCAGAGAUAUCUCCAUCAUCCAUGGAAGUCACCCUCUCAGUGUUCACAGCCUCCAUCAGCCCCUUCUCAGCUCUUCUUGGUCGUCACAAAGAAAGGAGGAAACCAGAGACCUAUGUGAUGUCAUAUUGGCCAGACACUGAUUGGACGGAGGCCCGGAACUUGGUUUAUGAUGUCACGAGUGGUGAGGCAAGUCUCCGUAGAUGCAGGCAUCUGGUGCUCCGGUAAGAUGCUGCUGCUCUCCCUCCUCCUGUUGCACACCCUGGUCUGGCCCAUGCACAGCAUGAAUGGCAGCUGUGAUGCAGUUUGCGGGCGCCGCCCCCUGAUGUCUGGCUACGGCGGAAUGCGGAUCGUGAGUGGCGUAGAAGCUCUUCCGGGGGCCUGGCCCUGGCUUGUCAGCAUCCAGAUCCCCACCCGAAUGGGCCCCCGGCAUUCAUGUGGUGGGUCCCUCAUCAGCACUCGCUGGGUCCUCACAGCAGCUCACUGCUUCAAAGCCAAGAGAAGGCUGCUUCCGCAGUGGCGUGUUGUGAUAGGUGCGUCACAGCUAUCCCAGCGUGGCCCUGAGGCCCAGGUGCGCUCCAUCAAACAAGUGGUGCAGCACGAGCAUUACGAGCCGCGCAUGGAGAGUAAUGACAUCGCUCUGCUGGAGCUCAACCAGCCAAUCAAGUGCAAUGACUACGCACAGCCCGCUUGCCUGCCCGAUGCCAUGGUGGAGGUGUCGAACCUGUCCCACUGCUACAUCAGCGGCUGGGGAGUCACGCAAGAGACAUCCCAGGAAACAGCCGACAUCCUGCAGGAAGCCAAAGUGCAUCUCCUCGACAUCACAACCUGUAACAGCAGCCGCUGGUACAACGGGGCCAUCGCCAGCAACAACCUGUGUGCAGGGUACGAGCAAGGAGGUGUCGACAGCUGCCAGGUACGCAGGCCAGAGCCCUCUCACUGCAGAGUCCUCCCCAGCUCCACUCAAAUGCUCGUGCUGUGGCCUCACAACCCCUCUUCUGGGAUCCCUGCCUAGAACUCUCACUUUCCCCUGCUC